UCCCGGUUGUGGUGGCAGAGGUGAAACCUGCACUUGCGAAUAAAUUAAUAAAGCAGCUGGCAUCAGUGGCACCACUGAAGGACCUCCACCAUGUGAAGAGAGUGCGGAGGACAGGGGAAGGCCGGGCUGUCUCGCUGCACGUCGUGCUGACACCUGGCAGCGAUCCAUUGGCUCUCCCCGAGUCGCUGCAGCAAUUGGUGACACAGCAUGGGCUGGAGCUUGCUGUGGCUCAGGUGCCGGCUCACGCCCCUCGCACCAAGGAACGAUGGCAGGAGCAACAGUCAGUCUGGCCCACGUCCUUCCACCCACCGCUGCCAGGCAGUGGCGCUGCUGCUCCCCCCUCCACUGUCACACCGGCUACAGCCACAUACAUCCAGCAAUGCUUCCGUGUGAUUAUAGAGAAGGCCGUUAAUGCAUGUGAGGGCAGAGCGGGCAGCGAAGAUUGUGCGCAUGUGACUACAUGUGAAGUGAAGGAUGGAGGCAGAGAAUUAAGGGGCGAAGGGGAUGGAGGAGAGGAGAGCGAGGAGAAGGGCCCGAGGGAAGAGAGUGUGGAGAGGGGGGUGAGAGAGGAGAGGCAAAGGGAGGCUGUGGAUGGGAGGCGCAAGGAGGAGGAGGGGCAUGGGAGAGGGCAUCAGUGCGGUUCGUGUGACUGCGCUGAACCUUUGAGUGUGCAGCAUGAGGGGUUGCUGCGCCCGUGCUGUGUCGAGGGAUUCAACAUGGCUGUAAUAGCUGACCCUAGCAACGGGCUGAUCCUCGCUUCUGCUCAAAACCCCGCUGCACCAGCCGCUCGGAGAAUCAAGAAGACAAGAAAGGGGCAGGGCACAACGACCACUCCCACAACAACGACAGCAGCAGCCACAGCAGCAGUUGAAACAGCAACGUCAACGUGCAAACAAGCCGCGAGAAACAGCAAUCCAUGUGCGAGCAACGACGGCAGGACGGAGAAAUCUGCACGAACGAGGUUGGGCCAUCCUCUCGGGCAUGCGAUGAUGAUUGCGAUCGCUGCUGCUGCCGCCCGGGAUAGGGCACUGUUCCCCAGUGAGGCAGCACAGGACAAGGCAAUGUUUAUGGAUGGCGGUGGGGAGGAGUCAGGGGAGCGGGUAUCUAGGAGGGGUGGUUCUGAGGCAGCACUGGGGGAGGACCAGGAGAGAGAAGGGGAGCACGCAGGAGGGGAGCAGAGAGAGCUGCAGCACCAGAGAGGAGGAGAGCAGGAUGAGGGUGGGGAAGAGGUGAGAGGGGGAGGUGUGGAGGUGAAGGGAGAUGGCAAGUCGCCUCCUUUCAAAAGGCAAAAGGGCAAUGAUGUGAGUGGUGGGAGGGGUGUGAAUGGUGGGAGGGGUGCGAGUGGUGGGAGGGGUGGGGUGAUGGGAGGUAUGGGGCUGGUGAGAGGGGUGGGACUGGUCCCCACGCCCAGUGAACCAGCACUUUCAGCUGUCCCUCCCAACACGUCUGCCCGCCCUGCUGUCUCUCCAAAUGCUGCAUCUCCCUCUGCUGUCCGCCCGUACCUCUGCACGGGCUUCGAUGCCUUCCUGCUGCAUGAGCCGUGCAUCAUGUGA